AUGGCCCGUCGCAGAAAAGGUGAUCAUAUUUUUUCAAUAUUCAAAAAUUGGUUCUGGGUUGAUUCGGGAGACCAGCACAGUUCAGUUAUUGAGAGCAUUUGUUUCAGCAGCGCACGUUCCUCAUUGAGCUCUGUUCACGUACAACCAGAGAAGAGGUAUACGUUCAGGGAUGGCAUACUGGUAGAGGUCUCUGGGCUCGAUUUGGAGGCUCCACCGAGAAGGGGUGCGCCGCCAGUAAUUCGAAAACGACGCAUAUCUGAUCAACAAGAGAGCGUCAUUCCAUCCCAGCGAUCGCGGGAUACCUGGUCCGCGGAAAGUGAUGCUGUGCCCACGACAUCCCAAGAAGCUCAUCACGUCCAUUUUGCCAGUCCUGGUCCCGAAUCGCUACAGUCUGCAUCUGCCACUCCUAGCCCAACGCCCUCAGCCUGCUAUGAAGUUGAGAUCAGUCCUGGCGACUCCUCACAAACUAUCUCGCAAGAAGUUGUUUCCUCAGUAUCUCAUGAUACCCCCCGACCUAAACGGAUCUCAGCACCUCGUUUGCGAGAUAAUGUGGAUCAAGAUGGUCUCGAUUGGGAUAUACCGGAGAUGUCACUUCGACCAAGAGUUGUACCUCGUCGUGAUCAUCCCUAUGAAAGGGCUACACCGGUGAAUAGGCCU